UUUGACACUUUGAUCUAGGAUGUUUUUUUUCUGGCUCAACAGUCUCUCUAAAUAUGUGGCGGUAGUUUGGUCAGAUUUAGGCAACAAAACCACGUCAUUUAACUUAAACAUGAACACUUUGACUUUCUUCCACUCAGGACUUGAACUCGGUCUCCUGACUUCACUUGGUUCAUCCAUCCAUCACCUUCUCUUUAUUCUGCUUCACCUGACUUCUUCUGCCGCUGGAGGCCUGACAACAAACCCGAAUAUGGUCAUAAUAAGCUGCUGUAUGAUCCACCUGUACUGUCCAAUAACUGUAACCAGUAAAACGGGAAUAGUUACAACUAACUCGUGGAUUUGUUAUCUAAUAAAUAAGUAUUAGUAGCCUUUAAACUGUGAUUAGUAAACGAUCUGCCUUAAAAACGCUGAGAACUACCACAGCUGCUAACCCGGAAGUGGGCGGGACUUUUAACUGAUAGCCAAUAAUUGCUGUCAGUAAGUAAGAAGGCCUCCGUACUGAUUGACCGCAGGGAUUUGAGAAUCGAUCACCAACAAUGAGAAACGUUGAACUUUAGUUAGUUAUUUUAGUUGCCGGCUUCUCGUUCCUCAUGAUUCCCUGUCGCUGCGCAUAACCGACCGUUGACUCACCGAGUUCUCCUCAAAGUGGCCGCUCGUCAUUGGCUGUCUCUGCUGUCAAUCACCGGUGAGGCGGGAGCAGGGACAUUCCUCCUGUCGCUGAUGGAAAAAAGAGAAAGUUUCCAAGAUGGCGGAGGAGCGAUGCCUGUCCGCUGGAAAACAAUAGAAACAGCACAGAGGGACGGAGUCAGCCCGUUGUUACUCCCAAUCCGUUCUCCGCUCUUAAAACCUUUAGUAUCCCGACUCGGGCUCGGCCAGGGGGAGGGUUAUCUGCGCCGGCACCUCGGGGAAAUAUAAAGUAUGAUGCUUUAUUUAAAUGUUUCAGGCUAGCUAACCAGCCAGCUAGCCGUGCUACCGUUAGCCCGUGUACCCAAAACAUAGUGUUAGCAGCUAGCAGCUAGCGGCUAACGGCUACAAGGAGGCGGAGGAUCAGCUGUUUGCUGGACAGAUGCUGUAGGAACAGCGGACGGCAACACUUUCACAUGAGUGCCGCUGUGACUGAAGGCCAUUAGCAAGACAAAGGUCGCCUCCAUGGAGCCAGCACAGGAGUCUUUGUAGAGGGCGAGGGGGGGUGGAUAGACGCCCAGAGUGACAAAAAAAGAGCCAAAUUCAGCAUUUUAUGGACGAACCCUGAGCCGGGAGUUUACUACAAGUCUUUAUUGAUGAUGGCGGAUUUUGUUACACCGCGACACAGCGCGGUGAUGGAGAGGCUCCGCCGGAGGAUCGAACUCUUCCGGCAGCAUCACAACAGCUGCGAGAGCCGCUACGAGAACGCGACGCUGGAGCGACUGGAGCUGGAGAGGCAGCAGACCUUCGCCCUGCACCAGCGGUGCCUGCAGGCCAAAGCCAAGCGGUCCAACAAGCACCGGCAGCCCCAGUCCAGCGGCGACCAGGCCGGCCAGAGGGCGGCGGGCGGCGGCGGCGGCGGCGGCGCGGAGCUCGGGGAGAGCGGAGGGACGGCGGCGGAGCAGAGCCGGAACAGCACCCUGAUAGCGCUGCAGGAGACGGUGAAGAGGAAGUUGGAGAGCGCUGGUUCUCCGCUGGGCAGAGAUCAAAUCAACGGCUUCAGCGACGGUUUCCCCCCCAACAAGAAGGCCUGCCUGGACAACGGCACCACCAACGGCUCCCCGCGGGACUCCAAGCUGGGGAUCACCGACUCGCUGAACUCUAACGGGAAUCACGGGCCAGCGGGGGAGUCGACGGACGGCGGCAGGGAGCCGGGUUCGGACUUCCGUCGGAAGGAGAUGAAGCAGGAGCCCGAUGACAUCCUGCCCAUCAUGCCGCCGUCAGGAGGAGGCAACAACAGCCUGUUCCCGGACCUCAACCUGAACGAGCAGGAGUGGACGGAGCUGAUGGAGGAGCUGAACUGUUCUGUGGAUUAUGAGGACAUCCAGGACAUUCUCAAUGACGGCUUCGAGGACCGCAAAGACCCUCUGGAGCUGGCAGCGACUCAAGGUGGCGCCGGGGCGGUGGGAGGAGGGGCAGUGGGUGGUGGGGGAAGCCAGUCCUCCCAGGGUCUGCUUCCUCCAGAUCUGGUCAGCGUGAAGACGGAGUUCUCGCCGGCCUCGGUGGCUUUCGAGCGGGACUCUCUCACUGGCUCCCCCCAUGUCAGGUCCACCUCCUCGGGGCCGCCUCCUCACCCCACCAGCUCCCCUGUCGCAUCCUCCUCCACGUCUUCCCCAGCUAUUCCCCCGUCCCAGCAGGCUCCACCCCCCCGGCAGCUUCAGCCUCCCACCAACCACCUUCUUCCUCCGGGACCACCGGUGCCCAAAGACCUGUCCCCCGCCCAGCAGCUCCAGCAGCUGGCCGCCCAGCAGCAGAGAGCCCAGCACCUCCACGGCCAGCUGCAGCACAAACAGCCACAGCCGGGGGCCAAGUUCCACAACCAGGGGCCCCAUUCCCAUCCCCCGCCAUGGCCACAGAUGGCCAACACCUCUCAGAGCCCGCUAGGGGCCGCAUUUGGUAUGGACAAGCCCACAAGCCCCUCUCUGUACCCACAGGACUUCAACCCCAACGCACAGAAGCAGCGGCUGAUGCCCGGUCAGCCCAACAAAGGAUCUCCCAAGGCCGUGGCCAGCAGCUACAUGCCGGGGCCCGCUGCACACCCCAACAUGCUGGGUCAUCCGACUUCAGGGCCGCCUCUCAGCCACCCGCCGGCGCCGGGGGCUCACGCCUCGGCCGCCUUGCCGAACUACAACAACACCCAACCUCUGACGCACUUUGAGGCGGGGCCCGGACCGCCGCGGCCCUCCAACACCCAGAGCCAGAACAAGGCGGCCCUGCUGACGCUGCUCAGGCAGCAGCAGAAAAACAGAACAGAAAACAGAAACAGCAUGAACUUCCGCCAGCACAUAGCGCACACACAGGACCAGAACACCUACUCCGCUCCUCCUCCCCACGGCCCGGGCCCCGCCAACACCAUGGCGUCUGCGCCCGGUAGCAACGCCAUGACGGCCCAGCCGGGGGCAAACGCCAUGGCGGGUAACCACGCUAACGCGGCGUACCUGAGCCAGGCGGCGGUGGCGGCGGCGCUGAAACAGCAGCAUCAGCAGCAGAUCCUGGAGCAGCAGAAGCAGCAGUACAUGCAGAGACAGCAGCUCAUGGCUGAACAGGAGAAGCAGCGGCAGCAGGACCAGCAGCUGCAGAGACACCUGACCCGACCUCCCCCGCAGUACCAGGACCAGCCGGGACAACCGGCCACUCAGAACGCUUUCCCACAGCAGCCAGUCAACCAGUUUACAGCGUCUUCUCAGCCAAUGAGCAGCGUCGGCUCCAUGGGCGGCCCCGCCCCCGGACCCCAGCGUAUGUUCCCUCAGAACCAAGGUAUGAUGGGUAUGAACAUGGGUCAGAGCGGCGGGCCGGCAGGUGGCGUAGCUCCGUCCACGUCGACGAGUCAGGCCGACAUCAGUCUGUCGUCCUGCGGGGGCGGAGGAGGCGUGGCCGGGGUGGACGUCCAGCAGGUGCUCUACAACAACAUGAACAUUCACGCCAAUCACCCGUCCCACCCGCCCCAGCAGGCCGGCCUGCAGCGCCAGCCUCUGGGCCCCAUGAGCGCCGCCUAUAGGCAGAACCUUCUGGCUCAGCAGCAUCUGAAGGUGCAGCCCAACGCCGCCAUGAUGAAGCAGCAGCAGCAGCUGGCCGCCGCCGCCGCCGCCCGCAUGCCGGGCUCCAUGCAGAAUAGUCUGGGAGCCGGCCUGCCCGGCUCCAUGCCCGGCAGCAUGCAGGGCGCCCAGAGCGCCGCCUGGCAGCAGCAGCUGGCCAACCAGCCGUCCUCCAGCAACGCCGGCCUCCCGCCCAACGCCUUCAACAACGCCCCCAACGCUUUCCACAUGCAACAGCAUCCUCGCAUUCCCAAGAUGCCGCCUGCCGCUGCACCCUUCGGUGCGAACCCCGGCGGGCGUCCCAUGGGAGGUCUGAACCCCGGGCAGCAGAUGAUGCAAGCAAACAUGGCGGCCGCCCAGCAGAGGGCGCCGCCCAACCCUCAAAGCCUCGGCCAGCCGAUGGCCAAUCAGCAGCAGACUCAACAACAACAGGCCAAUCAAAACCAGACUGUCCUCCCCGACCUGGCGGCGUUCGGACAGCCGCAGGGCAACGGCCGCCAGGCACUGCAGUGUAACCAAGGAUACCAGGUGAGCAGGACUGCCAGCCAGCAGCAGCAGCAGGUGUCGUUUGGAUACAACGUGGCGUCGGGGAGCUUCGCCGGCGAGAGCGAGCUGGUGGACUCCCUGCUGAAGGGUCAGAGCGCCCAGGAGUGGAUGGCCGACCUGGACGAACUGCUCGCCAGCCACCACUAGUUAGACGCACCCGUCUGCAGCGGCAGCACCUGGACCCUGCUGAGCUGCGAGGCCGCACUGCUGUACCUGCGAGGACGGCUCGCCGAUGAUUUCUUUUGCAGACCGACGCCGUUCUGAUCUGUAGAAAGAGAUCCAGGCAGGAGGUCGGUGCGUCAGCCACCCAGCCGGUGAAGAGAACUGACGUCCAGCCAGCGUCCCUCCCUCUCUGAGCUCGCCGGCCGGGAAAGUAAUGAAGGUUGUCUGUAAACGUUGUGUUUUUUGAUCGCUCUGAGGACGUGAUGCGACUGGAUCACAGUCUCAUUUUGUCAGAUAUUUAUUAACCGGCUGCCAAACACGGAAGUGAAAAGUCCGCGUGCUGAGAGUUCCCGAGGUCCACGUCGGCUCGCUCGACCGCACGUCUCGCUGAAAGACACUCGGGGCGGCUGGAGGUUUAAAAUCCGAAAGCUGAUGAACCGAGUCCAACUUUCACAGAUGAGCUGAGAACGGAUGUUUCACCACCAAGCUUCAUUCAAAAAUUUAGCAAUUUAACGACGAGUCGCUCGUUUGCAAAAUCUCACACGUGGUAGAACAGCAGGAGUCUAAAUUAUUCCGGACCAGUAAUUCAAGUGAAACCUCACAUGUUUAUAUUGACAGGAAGCUCCUUAUCGCAGCGACCCGGGUCGUCCCCUCCCUCAUUUCCUGUUCUUUCUGAAAUAACGCUGCCAUCCUCAAACAACCGCAGAUAUUUAGAAAUACAGGCUCCUCGCUGUAAACGCUGCAGGAACAUUGAUGGUUUCUGUCACAACCUCAAACUGCACCAGCAGAAGGUUUUACUACUUUUAUUUUUUAUCCAGUUAUUGUAGUUUGCAGGUGUUCUUUUUAUUUUACGGGUUAGAUUUCCACCUGUUCUGCCACGAGUGUGCGUUUGUAACCGAGCGAGGCGCCCGGGGCUUCGACUGCAGACCGACGUUGAGUCUGUGACUCACUGCGGUGUUUGUUGACUGGAGACUGAACGGAGGAGUCGUAUUAAGACUACUACUACUGAACCACUGUACCUGCACCCCCCCCACCCACGCGCACACACAGCGCCACCUAGAGACCGCCAGCGUCGCUCAGGCUGCAGCUUCAAACACUUUUAGAACUAGAGUUUCUUCAGCAGAAAUGAAGCGAAUCCACUGGAGGUUAAAAUCUACUUGGCUUUUACUACAAAUCACAAAUACUUUAAAUUACUGCAUCCCAUCCAUCCGCCUUCAUCCGCUCUCCCGGGGUCAGAGCGUCCCGUCAUGUUUCCAAACGUGUUUAAGGAAAAAGCAGCUCGCCCGUUGCACACGUGUGAUCUUUUUGUCUUGGUUUUACUUUACUACGUUACUGUGCUGAAACUCAAAGCAGACGUGACGGAGGAGACAAACUCAAAACAAGUUUACAAGUUGAUUUUCAUACUGUAGGGAAAUAUCUGGAAACAGGCGCUGCUGGGAAAACAAAGAUUUAAAUAUCUAAAACACACACAGCGGCUUUUGUUUAGGGAAAUGACCUGCAGCAAUGUAAAGUGAUUUUUAUUUGUAGUCGCGGCCUGUGUGGCGGGUACACGUCGCGUGAAGCGUGUGCAGGAUGUGCUGCUGGCUCUUUGACUCUUUAGAUGAACAGCAAGAGGUUUGAAGUUGCUCCGGAGCACCAGGAGAGUUAUUCUCCCGUUCUGUGAUUCCUUCAGGUGACAAAUCAAGUUAAUCAGAGAAAAUCUGUGGCUGUCGGUCAACUACACAUUUCUUAGUGUACCGCGUGGAGCAGUGCAACCUUAACGUGUUCCCUUUUAAACCUGAAGUUUCCCAGAAACAGCCAGCGCUGAGCAGCAGAGACGCAGGAGGCGCUGUAGAUCCCAUUCAGACCUGUGUGUGCGCGCAGAGGUCAAACCUUGACCUCCUGGCGUGAGUUUUGAAGUGUGCGAGCAUCACGAGAAGUAGGAGCAACAGGUGAAGCUGCAGCUCCGGUGAGCCGACGCGCUCGUGUUUUCAAGGUUUCCCCUCAACAUUUCAACGUUUUUACUCGACAUCCUGUAGAUUUAAUGUAAAUGCAGAGCAGCGACAGGAAGCGAUGAAAGAAUCCUGCAGUUUUUCUCCCUGAAUAAAGCCUCCCAGGCAGCGGACCUCCAUAAGCCAAAAACUGAAUGCUUAGAGGGUCCGGUACCAGUGAAGAGCAUGCAGCCAUGUUUAUGCUGUUACUGGAUGUUUGCACAGGCAGACGUGUUCACUGCACGCGUUCAGUCCUACUUUUGGGGUUCUGUUUUACAGACCCUUGCUGAUAGAGGGGGGGUAAGAGUGGAACUGUGCCUGGGAGUCUGAAUUCAGGCAAUAAUGGUUUUCUUAAAUCUUUCACCCUGCAGGUGUUUCACUCAGAAUUCUGCAUCUUACGAUGGUAAAAAGACGAAUUCACAUGAAGUAUGAAAGUAUGAAACUGGUUCUCAGAGACAAAGAACUUCUGACUUUUGUUCGCAGUUAGAAAAUGUUUUAACGUUUGAGCUCCCACAUUUCAAAAUGUUGCCGUGUUUCCUGACGCGCCGGCAGACGUUCAGGUCGGACUGAUGAACUUAACGUGGAGUCUGGACGCAGCUCAGAGUCCUCGUUGUGUAAAGUGUUCCUCGCCUGCUGCCUGGUCUGUCUCUCUGUUUUAAGUUGGAGCUGCGAGCCGGUCGUUCUAUCUGCUGUACUGUUUCGUGUGACUUUUUGUUGUGUAUUUUAUUAUUUGUAACGUUAUUACUGCUAAACGAUGGCUUGGGGCUGGUUUUCGUGUCUCCAUCCGAACGGCUGCCGACCUCGCGUCGGAUCUUCCGGCCUCGCUCGGCCGCCCGGAGUCGUUUCCUCGGUGUAACUGUUGUGAACAGGAUCUCUGUGUGUGUAAAUAUCUAUAAAUAUAUUUUUUUGUAUGUAUGCCUUUCCUAAAGAUCUGGAGAAGAUAGAUGUUAUUUUUAUAUAUUGCAGCGGAGGUUUUGUAAGUAUUUUAUACUUUUGAUAUGGUUCUCUGUAAAACAAGAGUAUUAUGUAAAUAUAGUUCUUUAGAAACAA